AUGUUAAGAUUUAGUAAUUUUCUUUUCACAAAACGUCGUAUAUCAACUGGUCUUUUUGGUGUUCCACAAUUAUCAUCACCUUCUGGAUUUAAAGAAUUUACAAAUUUAACAAUAGAAAAAUCAAAAAAUUUAGUUAGUCAAAUAAUUAACAAAGAACCCCUUAAUCUUAAUCGUCCUUAUGUUGCAUUGUUUGAUGAUAUAUCGAAUGAGAUAUGUAAAAUUGCCGAUCUUGCAGAAUGUGUGAGGUUAACACACCAUGAUGUAAAUUAUGCAUCAGCAGCUCAAGAUACAAUGAUUAAAUUUACAGAAAUAGUUGAAUCACUUAAUACUAAUUCUGAUCUUUAUAAUGCUCUUAAAAAAUCAUUAGUUGAUGACAAGGAUAAAUUAGAUGAAAUUGAUGUUAGGACGUUAGAAAUGUUUUUAGAAGAUUUUGAACAAAGUGGUAUUCAUUUAUCUGAUGAAAAAAAGGCAAAAUUUGUUACAUUAUCAAAUGAAAUUUUUCAUUAUGGUAGUGAAUUUACAAUGGGUAUGGAAAAUACUAUACCAUUAACUAUGACAGAACGUUUAAAGUAUGGUUUAAAAGAUGUUACUAAUCCAUGCUCAUUUUCACAUGAUCAAAAUGUUAGAAAAUUUGUCUACAAUAAAUAUUAUUCAUUUUCAAAAAGUCAGGAAGAAUGUUUAAGAAAUUUAAUUUAUAGUAGGCAUCAAUUAGCUCAAUUAACAGGUUAUGAAAGUUUUUCUGAAAGAUCCCAAAGAAGAAGUAUUUUAAAGGAUUAUAAAAAUGUUAAAACAUUUCUUGUUGAAUUAAUUGACACUCUUCGUCCACAAGUAAAAAGAGAUUUAGAAACAUUAUUACAUGUUUUAGAAGGUGAUUUAUUACAUAAAAAAGGCUCAAAAGUUGGAGAAUGGGAUUUACAUUAUUUAAUUUCUCGUUAUAAAAAAAAAGAAUAUGGUGGAAUUAAUUAUAGUUUUAAUCAAAUUUCUGUAAUAGAAGCUAUUAAAGGAUUUGAAGUUUUGACAAAAAGUUUAUAUGAUAUUACAUUUGAUAUACAAAAACCUGAAAAAGGUGAAAGUUGUGCUUCUAAUGUGAUAAAGUUAAAUGUUAAUGAUAAUGAAAAAUUUUUAGGAUCCAUAUAUAUUGAUGCUGAAGGUAGACCAAAUAAAUUAAUAGGUGAUUGUCAUUUUACAAUAAGAUGUGGAAAAUUACUAGAAAGUGGUGAAUACCAAACACCAAUAAUAUCAUUGUCUUUUUCAUUUUUUCAAGGAAAUAUAAAUUCAUUUGAUGAUAUAAAAAUUAGUUUUCAAGAGUUACAAAAUUUUUUCCAUGAAAUGGGACAUGCAAUGCAUUCAAUGUUAGGAAGAACAAGAUAUCAACAUACAGCUGGUACAAGAUGUCAAACAGAUAUGGCAGAAAUUCCAUCUAAUCUUAUGGAAUUUUUUGUAAAUGAUCCAAGAAUAUUGAAACAUGUCUAUAAUGAUAUAGGUGGUAAAUUUUUAUCAAAAUCAGAUAUAGAAAAAUUAAUAUCUUCAAAUAAAGCAUUUUCAUCUUUUGAUCUUUUACAACAAUCUGUUUAUUCAUUAUUUGAUUUAGAAGUUCAUUCUUUACGUUGUGAAGAUAUUAUAAAUGGAAAUAUGACUACUAGUGAUUUGUUAAAUGAGAUUUGGAAUGAAUCACUACCAGAAUUAGAACGUGACGCUUCAUCAGCCUGGCAACACAGAUUUUCUCAUUUAAUACCAUAUGGGGCAAAGUAUUAUUCAUACCUAAUUGCAAAAGCAUCAGCAUCUCUAAUAUGGAACGAUUCUUUUGUUAAAAAUCCAUAUUGCAAAGAUUAUGGUAAUCGAUGGGCUUUGGUUCAAUCACAUGGAGGUCAAUAUCCUUCAGAUAAACUUUUAGAAAUUUUUCUAGGAUAUUCACCAUCAUCAAUUCAGUUAGCUGAUGCUAUACAACGGGAUUUAUAA